UCUUGGGGUAUAGCGGCGACCAACAUGCCGGAGGAAGAGGAGGACGACGACAAAAAGGGCGCGAAAGGUGGCAAGAAGGGCGCCAAAGGCAAAAAGGACGACAAGAAAGGCGGCAAGGGCAAAGGCAAAGGGGGCAAGGAUAAGGGAGGCAAAGGCAAAGGGGGCAAGGACGACAAGGGCAAAGGUGGCAAAGGCAAAGGGGCAAGCAAGGGCGGAAGCAAGAGUGGAAGCAAGCCAAGCAGCAGCGAAGGGAGCGUCGACAAGCACAAGGAGAAGAAGGACGCAGACCACAAGCCCAGCAAGGAGUCCAUCAAGAGCCCUUCGACCGGUUCGGCGACGGAACAUAAGCAUGGACACGAGAAGGAAAAACACGAGGGAGGAGCUAAAGACCCCAAGCACGAAGAAAAAUCGGGCGAAGGGACGCCACAUGGGCACGGGCACCACAAGCCGGAAGAAGCCAAGGAAGGGGGCGAGCACAAAGACGGGAAACACGACGCCCACCACAAAGAGGGCGGCGUCCUGUCGCCGUCAGACUCGAAGGAAAAGCACGGCAAACACGAUGCCCACCACAAAGAGGGCGGCCCACCACAUCACGCUUCCCCAUCGGACUCGAAGGAGAAACACGGGAAACACGACGCUCACCACAAAGAGGGCGGCAUCUUGUCUCCGUCGCACUCGAAGGAGAAACACGGCAAGCACCACGGUGCUGAGAAGUCGUCAGGAAGCGAGAAGUCUUCCAUCAAGAGCAGCAGCUCCGCAGAGAAGACCUCCAAGUCUGAGAGCAGUGAAAAGUCGUCUGAACACUCCGGAAGCAAGAGUGAAGGUGCGCACGGCCAUGGGCAUGGGCACGGGCACGGGCACGGGCACAAGAAGCCGUCAAUCUUGAGCCACCACAAGGGAGGUGAGCACAGUCCCGUGUACGCCGAGCACUUCUACGGCGACGAAUCGGACGACGAAGGCCGGAACUACAUGGAGAUUCAGAUGUUCGGCCGCCGGCACUCGGGUGGCCCCGCCGACCAGGCGUCGCAGGGGGCCUGGAACCAGUACUACCACGACGAGGCGCAACAGCCUCUCUUCGAACUGCAGGCCGGCGGCCAGUGGUCGUCCAACCAGCAGUUCGUCUCGAGUCCCGAGCCCGGAGGCUACAGCGAGAAUUACGGCGACCUCACCCUGUCUGUGUGGCAGGGGCCUCCUCAACUGCAGGGUGUUUCCGUGGACGCCGGGAGGAACAUGAUGAUAGCGCAGAAGCUCAAGGAAAUGCAGCACGGUUUGGCGCAGCCGCUGCCGGACGACAUGGUGACCACGGAGCGCGUCAUUUACGAAGUGACACGCGGUCGGCCGGGUAGCCAGGCUCCGGAUUCGUCUGGAGCACCUCCGUUUCGAGCUUCCAGCGGGCCCCUCGUUGUGCGGAGCAGCCAAGGAGCAAGCCAGUUCUACGGUCCUCCCGGAUUCAGCCAGGCUGUUGUUCGACACGAGAUGCGGCAGUCGAGCGGCACGCGGCUCCAUAACGCGGGUCCGGCAGGGCUACAUGUGCGCGCAAGCAGCAACCACGGGAUGAUCGGCAACGCGGCUCCCCCAGGUCCGAGCUCCAUGAGACCCCCAAGUGCGCACAGCUUCCGCGGUCACGGCGGGGCCCAUUCCCCCAUGUCCCCUAGAGCGAGCAAGAGCGGCGGAGGCAUCCAUCCCCAGCAGGCGGCGGACAUCAUCAAACAGCAGGCGAACAUCAUCGACCGCCAGUCGAACAUCAUCAACCAGCAGUCCAGCAUCAUCGAUCAGCAGCUGGGUCUGGUGGACGCGGCGCUCAGAGGGGGUACGUCUGCGGGAUGUGUCCAGUCCGUUGCGCAAGUCGUGCCGCAGGAGUUCGCCGUGCCCGCGCUGCCGGCCGCGGAGAUGGACGGCGCGUACGACAACGAGAUGUUCGUCAGCGCCGAGUUCGUCGAGACGAAUCGAAGUCAGUAA